AUGACCAACCACUAUUCUAUCGUUCCUACUUUUUGGGAAGUGCAAAUAGCUGCUGAACAGCGACACACUCAUAAGAAGAGGCAUGCAUCCAAAAUCGUUUCCGAUCCAGACCUACUCCUCAGCAAGGUGGAUCCGCGGCAGAGCUAUUCAGAUAGUGCAACUUUCGUUGAUGGGAACCCAAACAUGUCUUCGGCAGAGAUUGAUGUGCGACGACACCGAUUUCCUUUCUGCAUAGUUUGGACUCCACUUCCAUUGUUGACGUGGAUUUUCCCUUUGAUCGGACAUAUGGGCAUCGCAACGAGCAAAGGCAUCAUUCGUGAUUUCGCAGGAAGUUAUUAUGUUUCCGAGGAUGAUAUGGGUUUUGAUUGGCCAACGAUGUACUGGAAAUUGUCGGUAGAAUGCGUGGACGGUGGUGCAGAAACUUAUGAUAGAGCAAUACGAGAGGCUUCAGAUGAAUACAAGGGAAGAAUGCAUAACCUGUGUUGUGACAAUUGCCAUUCGCAUGUUGCCCUGGCUUUGAACACUAUGCAAUACGGUGGUCAUGAUCGAUGGAAUAUGGUGAAGUUGGCGAUCUAUAUGCAGUUGUUCGGGAAAUACACGGGUGUUGGCGGUUUCUUGAAGCAAUGGGGAUUUUUCAUUGUCAUGUGUAUUGUUUUGACAGUCUUUCUGACAUUAUUCUAA